UUUAUUGAGAAGCUAAUAGCUCUACUGAUUGGUUGCAAACUUUGUUUUUGUUGGCAACAACCUCAUCUUGACCUUCCAACAUGAGUUAAACAGCUUGUUGUGUCUACAAUCUCUUCCCUUUUUUCCAGCAAAAAAGAAAAAAGAAAAAAAGAAAGAACAAAAGAAAAAGGAAAGGGAGGAAGUAUGUUUUACUUUGCAGCCAUGGCGCCGAUUUAUGUCCUGAUCGCAUUUCCUCGGGGAGAAGGGCCGCAGCCGCAAUCCACCGUCGCCACCUAUGCAGCCAAACACCACCGUCCGGCCCUUCGCGUCUCGCAACCUCCUCGUGGGCCAAGUCAUGGUCGCCAUGCUGCAGGACCGCCCCUUCGGCCCCUCCCUCACCCCCUCCCCCGGCUUCCCCGGCUGGACCUCCGCCGCCGUCAUCGACGUGCUCGCCUCCAUCGCCCGCUUCUUCUUCCUCAGCCCCCGCUCUAUUGGCCGCCGGCAGUCCUUCCGCCACCGCUCUCCUCUCCGCCGCCGCAGCCUCCGCCGCGAGUCCGCCGACCUGGGCCGCGGCCUCUGCCUCCACGGCCCCCCCGCCUACCGCGACCCCACCAAGGUAAAACUAGGGGUCGCCAAGGCCUUGGAGUUCUACUCCUGGGUGGAAUCCCGGUGCGGCUUCCUCCACGACGAGCUCACAUGCCGGGAGAUGUCCCGGGUCCUGGCCAAGGCCAACAGGCUCCCGACUCUCUGGCGGUUCCUCCGUUCGAAUGAGGCCCUCGUCGGCACCGCCACCGUGACGUCGGUCAUCAAGAUUCUUGGCGAGGAGGGUCUCACCAAGGAAGCACUGGCCGCAUUCUACCGCAUGAAGCAGCUCCACUGCAAGCCCGACGUGCAGUGCUACAACACCGUCAUCUCGGCCCUGUGCAGGGUCGGAGACUUCAAAAAGGCUAGAUUUUUACUGGACCAGAUGGAGAUGCCCGGUGCUCGGUGCCCGCCUGAUACGUUCACUUAUACGAUUUUGAUCAGCUUCUACUGCAAGCGGAGCUUGCAGACCGGGUGUCGCAAGGCCGUUAGGAGGAGGAUCUGGGAGGCGAAUCAUAUGUUUCGGAGGAUGGUGUUCAAGCGCUUUGUCCCUGAUGUCGUCACGUAUAAUUGCUUGAUCGAUGGGCUCUGCAAAACGUACCGUAUCGAGAGGGCACACGAGCUGUUCGACGAUAUGUGUCUUAAGGGUUGCUCCCCUAAUCGGGUCACGUACAAUUCUUUCAUUAGGUACUACAGUGCUGUUAAUGAGGUUGAUAAGGCCAUUGAGAUGAUGAGAGAAAUGCUGAUGAGGAAACACGGCACACCGACCACGAGUUCAUAUACACCAAUCAUACACUCCCUGUGUGAGACUGGAAGAGUUGGGGAGGCAAGGGAUUUCUUGGUGGAGAUGGUUGAUGGUGGAUCUAUCCCGAGAGAAUUCACAUAUAAUCUAGUUUGCGAUGCACUGAGUGGUGCAGGGAAAGAAACUUUGCCGGACGAGCUGCGCAGAAGGAUAGAAGAGGGAAUUGAUGUUAGAUUUCGACGGGUAAUGCAAGUAAAGCCUGUGACGGGUGGCAGGACCAGAUCCACUCAGCAGCAGAUGUGAUAUUGGAUGUAUGACAUGUAAUGGACGAGUGAAGGGAAUUUGCUAUCUGUAAAUCUGAUUUGCCUCAGGUAAAAGUCGCUACCAAUCUAUAAUCUGUUCAUCAAUCCCAGUUUUUUAUUGGAUCUUCCAGUGCUAUUGGCUUAUUGCUACUUCUAAGAGAAUUUUUAAUGGAAACCUUUUCUUUUUUUUUAUUUUGUCUGAUUCAAAACAAUUUUAGGAUUCUGUUGUUGUCUAAAUUUGCUAUCUAAAUUGACUGUCAUUUUGAAA